AUGCAAGACGACAGGACACUCACGUUUCGAGAGAUCCAUGGAAGCAGUGAAGCUCUUCUUGCCGCAGUCGAAGAGGUUGAGCGCAUUGCACUGAUAGAAAGCAACGACACAAGCCCAUUCUGUUUUCGUCUACUGGAAUUCUACCCGCGAGGUGGAUCCGAGUAUGAUUUCAUCCUCACGCCCACUCAUGACUACGAAAGAAGUGCGUUGAGCAAUUACCUUACGGUGUCUUAUGUAUGGGCGUACGAACAGCCUCUUGACGGGACAAAGAUCCCCGCUUAUCGCAUUUGGGACGGUACCAAUCUACACAAGCCACCUCGACCCCUCAGAAGCCCUUCGAUCGUCUUCCAUCGUGUUGUACAGUUUGCUCGAUCUCAGAAUAUCCGGCGAAUUUGGCUAGACCAAGAGUGCAUCAAUCAAGAAGAUCCGACUGAUAUAGAAAGACAUCUGCAGGACAUGAACAGAAUUUAUCAAUUCAGUCGAUUGACCGUGGCUGUGCUCUCUAAAGCUGUUGAAAACUGGGCGAUGGCGGUGAGAUGUCUGAAUCUCGGAUGGACCAGCGACGAGCAAGAUUUCGAAUUGCUGCAAUAUAUGACUCAAGAUCCGUGGUUCACUAGAUCUUGGACGUUUCAUGAACAACAAUGCGCCGACGAUGUCGUUUACCUGCUGCCUAUACAACCGUCACUAAAGAGCAAGCUUGCUGAAGUUGCGCCACAUGUGGUUUUCGAUCAUGAUGCCGUUAUAGACCAUGAUAUGGUCUAUUAUCGCCUUGCUUCGCCAACGAAGCAUGGCAAAAAUGACCCACUGCUCCAACCAUACUUCUUGAGACAUAGUCAAGGCGGCUGGAUGUCUGAGAACAUUCCUGGUACUAUUGAUACCGUCUACAAGAAGAUACAGGGACGCUAUAAUCGUGUUUUAUCAGAUCGCAUCCAAAUUCUAGCCAAUGUCUGCGGUCUUCAGUGGAAGCUCAAGACAACGUUGCUGAACAACCCGGCGCUGAGUUUCAGCACAUCGCUCUUGGUGUUGGUCAUGGCAAAUACAUGGCCAGAUCUGGUCGCUCGAGCGCACCAAUACCAAGAACUGGAACACUACCUUAUGGAGAGAAGUAUUGGGAUGCUUAUGCAAGAAGUAACUCGUAAGAAGUAUGCACAAGACGCUGCUGCACUUGAAUGGCCUUUAGUUCUAGGUCUCAUAUCGGAUUCAACUGUAUGA